UCUCUCUCUCACUCUACACGCACUCAUUGCCAUCACAUCUCUCUCUCCUCGCCUCCAUCUGUUUUAUAUCUUUUCUUCUGUUCUCUUUGUACUUUAUUUUGUAUUUUAAGUUAGUUUAAUAUUCAUCCUGCCCUUUCCUAUUUCUCUCUCUACAAGGCUUCUUACCUCUUCUUUUAUCCUCUUAUUUGUUACCAUUUCGGAUUCCAAACUGUUCUGAAAGCAAGCUUCUUUCUUUUCUCACUACAAGGAAAAGGGUAAGCCGGAAAAUGCUGUCGGAGCCGGAGCUCCCAGCUGGUGAAUCGAUUUUCCGGCCAUAGCUGAGUACGAGGAAAGCAUAAAAAAGCAAUCUUGAAUUAUUGAUUUGCUUGCCCAUCUACUGAGAAAAGCCCUUUUAUUUCCCAAGAAUAUUUAGGGAGAGCGAAAAUGAAAGUCGGCGACUGCACUGCCACCGCCGCCACUACAGCCAGCACGCCGAGAUCGGUAGUCGUCGCCUCCCGGAGCAAAUCCCACGCGGCGAGCCGCAGGGUAACGCCUGCCUCAGUCUCCGACGCCGGCCCGCCCAAUAGCGUCCUCGAGAAGCGGCUCCCCAACGGGGAUCUGUACAUCGGGACCUUCUCCGGCAACGCCCCCCACGGAUCCGGCAAGUAUCUGUGGCGCGACGGGUGUUCGUACGAGGGCGAGUGGAAGAAGGGCAAGGCGAGCGGCAAAGGGAAGUUCUCCUGGCCGUCGGGUGCGACCUACGAGGGCGAGUUCCGGUCGGGCCGGAUGGAGGGCUCCGGCACCUUCGUCGGGCCGGACGGCGACUUGUACAGCGGCUCGUGGUCCGGCGACCGCAAGCACGGCUACGGCGUGAAGCGCUACAGCAAUGGGGAUUACUACGAGGGCCACUGGAAGAGAAAUCUCCAGGACGGCCAUGGCAGAUACCUCUGGAGGAAUGGAAACGAGUACAUCGGAGAGUGGAAGAACGGGUUGAUUCACGGCAGAGGUGUCCUUAUCUGGCACAACAAAAAUAGGUACGACGGUGAUUGGGACUGUGGGGCCCCCAAAGGCCAUGGGGUCUUCACCUGGCCGGACGGGAGCUGCUAUAUUGGCUGCUGGUCGAACGAGCCGUGUAAAAAUGGUAACAAAGGGCAGCAAAUUCUGAAUGGGACCUUUUACCCUGCCCACAGCUCGAAAAAUCAGAAUGUUGGCCGGAAAAUGUCGACUCCGGCGACUGUGGUGGAGGAGGAGACUCUGAAUCCGGCGUGUAAUGAUGGGGCUUUUCAGGGGAAGGGUUUUUUUCCGAGGAUUUGCAUUUGGGAGUCUGAUGGGGAGGCUGGGGAUAUAACGUGUGAUAUAAUCGAUAAUUUGGAGGCCUCAUUGUUGUAUAAGAAUGGCUCGGUUUUGAGUCGUGAUAGAAUUAAGCAGUUUAGGAGGAACCCCGGCUGUUUAAUUGGCGGUGAUGUUAAAAAACCGGGACAAACGAUUGUGAAAGGGCAUAAGAAUUAUGAUCUGAUGCUCAACCUUCAGAUGGGCAUUAGGUAUACUGUGGGAAAGCAUGCUUCGAUUUUGCGGGAUCUCAAGAUGACUGAUUUUGAUCCUAAGGAGAAGUUUUGGACGAAAUUUCCAGCCGUAGGGUCUAAAAUCACGCCGCCACAUCAGUCACCUGAGUUUCGGUGGAAGGAUUAUUGUCCGAUUGUCUUUAGGCAUUUAAGGGAGCUAUUUCGAGUUGAUCAAGCAGAUUACAUGUUAGCCAUUUGUGGAAAUGAUGCCCUGAGAGAACUUUCUUCUCCUGGGAAGAGCGGAAGUUUCUUUUACUUGACACAAGAUGAUAGAUUUAUGAUAAAGACUGUCAAGAAAUCAGAAGUCAAGGUGCUUAUCAAGAUGCUUCCUAGUUACUAUCAGCAUGUCUCUCGUUAUGAAAAUUCGCUCGUCACAAAAUUUUACGGAGUCCAUUGUGUGAAGCCAGUCGGUGGCGUUAAGACACGGUUCAUUGUGAUGGGAAAUUUGUUCUGCUCCGAGUAUCGAAUUAAUAGAAGAUUUGAUCUGAAAGGAUCAUCACACGGUCGAACGGCCAAUAAAACUAAGGGGGAGAUUGAUGAAACCACAACUCUAAAGGACCUCGACUUAAACUAUACGUUCCGUUUGCAGACCAAUUGGUAUCAAGAACUCAUCAAGCAAAUUCAUCGGGAUUGUGAAUUUCUCGAGAGAGAACGGAUCAUGGAUUACAGUCUCUUGAUCGGCCUUCAUUUUCGUGAUGAUAGUGCUCGGGAUAAAAUUGGUUUAUCGCCUUUUGUUCUGCGCGCAGGAAAAGGCGAUUCGUACCAAGACGAAAAAUUCAUGCGCGAGUGUCGUUUUCUCGAAGCCGAAUUACAAGACAUGGACCGGGUUUUAUCUGGCAGGAAACCAUUGAUAAGGCUUGGUGCCAACAUGCCUGCACGGGCCCAACGUGUGGCCCGAAAGAGCGAUUUCGACCGGUACACUCAUGCCGGUUUUAGCCACUCUACUAACGGAGAAACUCACGAAGUUGUACUUUAUUUCGGGAUUAUCGACAUCUUACAAGACUAUGACAUCACCAAGAAAAUCGAGCAUGCGUACAAGUCAUUGCACGCGGACCCCACCUCCAUCUCGGCCGUUGAUCCGAAACUCUACUCGAGAAGGUUCCGUGAAUUCGUCGGGAGAAUAUUCGUCGAGGAGUGAUCGAGUCGAAUUUCGAGAAAAAAAUAAAAGAAAAUAACGCACAAAGGUUCGGUGAAAAAUUGUAGAAAAAAUUCUCGAUUGAACUGCGAGUUGGGAGAAUCGGGAGAAUGUUCUAGAAACUUCUCGAUUGAACCGCGAGUCGGGAGGGUUCGACAUUAGUGGUGUGUUGUUUAUGUGUGCAAAGAUUAAGGCUGAGUUUUUUUGUUUUAUCAGCCAUUUAUAAGAGUUAAGUGUUGAG